AUGGAUCGGCUCAGGAGAGAGGUGGCCGGCACACUUGACGAUCCUGCUGGGGCACUGGAGGUUCCUUCAGGUCAGCCAUUCUUCUUGCACAUGCUGGCUCAAUCCCUGAGAGUGCUGGGCGAUCCGGACUGGGAGAUCCUCACGCAAGGAGAGGAGUGUUAUGCAAAUGGCAUGCCGUUGGGAUGCGAGAAGCCAUUCCCGCGUGCGCCGCAGGUAUUUGCACCUAGGUCCAAGUACAGGAAACUUGACGAGACACCGUUUGAUCCGUGCAUGAUUAACUAUACCUCUGCCGAACUGUCUGCAGAUCAGCUGGAGGCGCAAUUUCGCGAGGAUGAGCGUGCAGGCAUGAUGAUUGCAACCACUGAAGGGGCAGUCAAGCAAGAGUUUGGCGAAGGUCAGUUGCUCAUAGCUGCCAUGGGGGCUCUGGUCAAGCCGUCAGGCCAGAUCAGGCCUCUUCACGAUGGUACCCACGGUAUCAGGCUUAACAACUCUAUCAAAGUAUUGGAUCGUUUGGAGCACCCAGGCCCAGCUGACAUUGUAGAGGUUGUGGCACAGGCUGCAGAUGCGGGGGAAGCACCGUUCUGCAUAUGCGCAGACAUUGCUAUGGCCCACAGGCGCGCAAAGGUCCGUAGAAAGGACUGGCCCAGGCUUGGGUGCAAAGCCCGAUCAGACUCUAAAGUGAUUUGGUUAAAUUGCGUGGGGACGUUCGGGGUGAGUAGUGCGGCAAUCUUAUGGGCCCGUCUUUUCGGGUGUGUAGGCAGAUGGGUCCUCCGAGUUCUUGGUCCGGGGUUCAACCUGCAGGUCAUCUUCGUGGAUGAUUUACAUGUCGUGGUGGUUGGCCCGGGAAAAUUUAGAACGCUUUGGACAAUCAUCUGCGCCUACCUCCUUGUCGGUACGCCCUUCGCUUUCCAUAAGUUUAAAGGUGGAGUUGCCGUUGAAUUCGUGGGCUUCUUCCUUUCUUAUGAAAAGGCAUGCGCUGGAGUUUCAGAGAAGCGACUGGCUUGGAUCAUAGAGUGGAUUGACAAGGCGGAAGGCGCAGGAUGGUAUGUCACCGGCAGGCGGUUCAGUGAGUUCCUCGGGAGGCUCAACUUCGUUGGACGUUUGUUGACAUGGCUCAGGCCUUUCUUGGCGCCCUUGUUCUCAUUCAACGCAGUGUUGCACCGGGGUACGGUAGCCAGGAUGCAAAUGUGGCUGGCCCCGAGGGAAAGCUUCCGCACCGACGCCAAGUGUGAGCACAACAGGAUAGUGUUGGGCGGUUGGUCGCUUCAAAACGGCUUGGAUCCCAAGCGAGCUAAGUGGUUCAGUCUUGAGGUCAAGCCUUCGGAGUUGCCACUGCUUUUCCGUGAAGAUGGUCAAUCCAGCUGGGCAUCCACUUCGGCGGAGUACCUUGCGUCUUUUGCUGCUAUGGCGGCGUUCGGCCACCUCGAUGGGCCCAAG